UCUGAGGGGUCCAUUCCAUUUGCUGCUCUGUAUGGAAAAUAAAGGCUGGGUGGGGGGUGGCAGCCUGUUUGCACUCACGGCACUUAGUGCAUCCAAGCUGAGCUGCACUGUUCAAACAGACUCCCAGCCACCUGUGCAGAGGACGGCAAGGCAGGCAGGAGGCUGCUGCAGGUCCCCACGCACUUCCCGCUUCUCCUCCCAAAGCCAGCCCCACAGACCUGGCAGAGUCCUGGCCACGCCAUGCCCCACCCUAGGCUCUGCCACUGCUGGGGCAGCCAGGUGCUGCCCCUGCUGCUAGCCUACAUCUGCUACCUGCUGCUCGGAGCCACGGUCUUCCAGCUGCUGGAGAAGCAGGCGGAGGCUCAGUCCCGAGAUCAGUUUCAGCUUGAGAAGCUGCGCUUCCUGGAGAACUACACCUGCCUGGACCAGCAGGCCCUGGAGCAGUUUGUGCAGGUCAUCAUGGAAGCCUGGGUGAAGGGGGUGAACCCCAAAGGCAACUCCACCAACCCCAGCAACUGGGACUUCGGCAGCAGUUUCUUCUUUGCGGGCACAGUCGUCACCACCAUAGGAUAUGGGAAUCUGGCACCCAGCACAGAGGCAGGCCAGGUCUUCUGUGUCUUCUACGCCCUGGUGGGAAUCCCACUCAACGUGAUCUUCCUCAACCACCUGGGCACAGGGCUCCGUGGCCACCUGACCACACUCGAGAGGUGGGAGGACCAGCCCAGACGCUUCCAGCUACUGCAGAUCCUGGGCCUGGCUCUGUUCCUGACCCUGGGGACUCUGGUCAUUCUCGUCUUCCCGCCCAUGGUCUUCAGCCACGUGGAGGGCUGGAGUUUCAGCGAGGGUUUCUACUUUGCCUUCAUCACUCUCAGCACCAUCGGCUUCGGGGACUAUGUUGUUGGCACGGACCCCAGCAAGCAUUACAUCUCGGUGUACCGGAGCUUGGCAGCCAUCUGGAUCCUCCUGGGCCUGUCAUGGCUGGCUCUGGUCCUCCCAUUAGGUCCCCUGCUUCUGCACAGGUGCUCCAGGCUCUGGCUGCUCAGCAGGGACCUCGGCCUCAAGGAAGAGGGAGUCCCUGAGACCAACGGGCUCUCCAGAUCUCAGAAGAUUGCAAUCCCUACAUGAGGCCCCCCAGUGGCUUCUGGAGCCCCUCCCAGCUUCCCCAGCCCAACCUAUACCCCCUCUGGACUUCCCACCCCACCUCUUCCUCUCCCAAUCCACUCAUUUCCCAGCUGGGACUGGUUGCUGGAGCUCACUGGAAAAAGAAAGGAGGCAGGCAUGUCUAAGAAAGUAACAGAAAGGAAAUGUCAAGACAGCAUCAAUGGCAGAUGUGUGUGAAGCA